UUUAAAGUCUGCCGCGGGGCUACUCCCCUCUCGUGGAGCUGUCAAGGAGGAUGACGUCACAUCCCUUGACCCUCCAAUCACCUCGGGCUGCCAUUUGAUUGGAAGGCGGCAAAGGCUUUCAUCUCGGGACUAAUUCAGCUUCUUUUUUUCCUCCUCUCUCCUUCCCCGAGUGAAAACGUCUCCCAGUCAGUCUCCAGUGCGGGACGACACGGAGGGAGGACGCGGACACGGACGCACACGGCGGAAGCAUCUUUCCACACUCGCAGCUUCUACUUCUCCCGCAUCACAAAAAAAUAAAUAAAAAAAAGAUCAGGAUUAUUAUUCUCACUCGCCUUGUUUUGGUCGGUUUCGCCCCUUUUUGGUAUUUUCCUUAAUGCAUCUGAGCGAAGCAUCGCCGUCCACUUGGCUGACCAUUGGGACAUGAGCACGUCGCCCUCGGCGUAUGUCCUGACGAAUCUCGGUGAGUUGAGCGCAGCCUGGGAGCGAGCCAGUCGUCGGGGAAGCAGCGAUAGCGACGAGCCGGCCUCUUCUCUCUUCCUCCACAAGCAGCAGCAGCCGCAGCCGCAGCAGCAGCAGCCGAGGCAGAAGCAGCAGCACUCGGCGCCGCCGUCAGACCCGCUACGGCAAGCCAAGCGACUUCCAGUGAAGGUUUUGAAAAUGCUCACCGCACGCUCGGGACACAUCUUGCACCCGGAGUAUCUGCAACCUUUGCCAUCCACCCCCGUAAGCCCAAUCGAGCUGGAUGCCAAGAAGAGUCCCCUGGCUCUCCUAGCGCAGACGUGCUCCCAGAUCGGCAAGCCGGACCCGCCGCCCUCCUCUAAGCUCUCCUCCGUCGCCUCCAAUGGAUCUAGCGACAAGGAUUCUAAAUGCGGCCCGCUGAAGAUGAGCGACAUCGGCGCGGACGACAAGUCCAGUUUCAAGCCCUACUCCAAGCCGUCCGACAAGAAAGAUUCGUCGGGCGGCGGCGGCGGAUCGGACAAAUCUGGUUUCCGAGUGCCGAGCGCCACCUGUCAGCCGUUCACGCCGCGCACAGGCAGUCCCAACUCGAGCUCCUCCGCCUCCCCCAUGCCGGCGGAGGGCAAGUGCGGGGAGCGGGACGACAAGAAGGACUCGGACUGCGGAAAAAGCGGCGCGGACGGCGGCUCGGCCACGUCCAGCCACAGCCGGAUAAGCGUGAGUUGCGGUGGGAUUAACGUGGAGGUAAACCAGCACCAGGAAACCACGCACGGCCCCAAGACCUCCACUUCCUCCUCCGCGUCGGAGUCCUCCCCGGUUACGUCCGUGUCCUCGGCGUCGGUGCUCGGCUCCGGGCUGGUUGCGCCCGUGUCCCCUUACAAGCCGGGUCAAACCGUGUUCCCGCUGCCCCCAGCGGGCAUGACGUACCCGGGCGGCUUGGCCGGGGCCUACGCGGGCUAUCCGCAACACUUCAUGCCGCACGGAGGCAGCCUGGUGAACGCGCAGCUGGCCAGCUCUUUGGGCUGCAGCAAGGCCGGCUCCAGCCCUCUGGCCGGAGCCUCCCCACCCUCCAUCAUGUCGGCAAGCCUGUGCAGAGACCCUUACUGCCUCAGCUAUCACUGCGCCAGCCACUUAGCGGGCGCGGCUGGGGCGUCGUGCACGCACGAGUCGGCGGCGGCCGCGGCUGCCGCAGCCAACGCGCUCAAGUCCAGCUACCCCCUCAUGUACCCCACGCAUCCCAUCCACGGAGUGCACCCGUCAGCCCCCUCGUUCAGCGGACACCCUUUGUACCCGUACGGCUUUAUGCUGCCCAACGAUCCCCUGCCGCACGUGUGCAACUGGGUGUCGGCCAACGGACCGUGCGACAAGCGUUUCUCCACCUCGGAGGAGCUCCUGAACCACCUGAGGACACACACCGCGUUCACCGGGGCCGAGAAGCUCAUCUCCGGCUACCCGGGCUCCUCCUCGCUGGCCAGCGCGGCUGCUGCUGCGGCCAUGGCCUGUCACAUGCACAUGCCGCCGUCGGCCCCCGGCAGCCCCGGGACUUUGGCUCUGAGAAGCCCUCACCACGCACUGGGACUCAGCGGUCGCUACCAUCCGUACUCUAAAAGCCCGCUGCCCACCCCCGGCGCUCCAGUCCCAGUCCCCGCGGCCACCGGCCCCUACUACUCCCCUUACGCACUGUACGGUCAGAGACUCACCACAGCAUCUGCGCUUGGAUAUCAGUGAAGUGGAGGGGAAGGGGGAGAAAAAGAAAAAAAAAGAGGAAAAAAAACUUUGCAAAGUUUAUAAUACAAAGAAUGCAAAUAUAAAGACUUUUAUAUGGACAUAUGGGCGGGAUCCGUGGACUUCUAACUGUAUUUAUUUAUGUCUGCUUCAAAAAAAAAAUAAGCAGGCUGCAAAAUGGAACAAGUCAAAAAGUGCAUUAUGUGGAAACAUGAGUCGAGAGCUAAAGUGGAUGAGGGGAGCACACGCAGUUAGAGAACUAAUUCAAAAUAGGCAUCGUCAUUUUGAUCUUCAUUUCAAAAUUGCUAUGAUUGUAUUUGUUCUUAUUUAAAAGGAGAAAAACAAUGUCUCUCUGAGAAACGAAAAAUAAUUUACAUGCAUGGUUUUUUUUUUUUUAAUUCAGAAAUUGUCCACAUUUGAAAUUAUUUUGCAGGUGUAUACCAUGGGAAGAGAAUUGGUAUUUUUUUGUAUGUAUCCUGGGGGGGAAAAAAAUAAGACAAUUCUGUUCCAUA